AACAUACCAAGUCUGUUUUCCUCUGCAUUUUCUACGAAUUUUCGCGUGAUUUAAGUCAAAAUUGCCAAUAAAACCCGUAAAUUAUGUUGCGACUAGCGAAAUGCAGCCAAAAUCUGUCAAAAUCCGGUCUAAUCGGCAUCUUAAAUGCGCCAAAUUUGCGGAUUUCGGGAACCGUGACAAAACGAACCUUUCUCGUGAGUAGCACAGACUGCAGCAAACGAAAAAAGCCUUUUGACGGAACAAACUACAAUAAGGAAGUUUUAAAGUCCCAUACAACAACUACCUCAUGUCAUCCCGUACGUGAAUUAUCAUCACAACCGCCCUCAGGGCACGACGACAAUAAAUCAAAGUACUUGUUAGCUGCUUUAGUUGCCGGUAUUGGAGGUAUAGGGCUCGCUUAUUACCUCAAUGGAGAUGAUUCGACAUCGACAACGACUCCCGUGUCCGGCGCCAAGACUGAUAUUCCAGCAGUGAAACGCGUGCCUGCCUCUCCCGACGACAUUCCGAAGGAAGUUCCGUAUCUCCUCAUUGGCGGCGGCACUGCGAGCUUCACGGCAUUCCGUGCAAUCAAAUCGAACGAGCCAAAGGCAAAAGUGCUCGUAAUUUCGAACGAAGCUGCCAUGCCAUACAUGCGCCCGCCUCUCUCGAAGGAGAUGUGGUUCAAUAAUGAUCCCGCCGUCAGCGAAAAAUUACGUUUUAAGCAAUGGAAUGGCGCCGAACGCAGUUUAUUCUACGAACCCGAUGACUUUUAUGUCGAUCCAAAGGCAUUGAUGACACAGGAAAAUGGCGGAGUUGCCGUUUGUCGCGGAUAUCAAGUUGUUAAAUUAGAUAUUCCGGCGCACAAAGCGAUUUUGGAUGACGGCACGGAGAUUCGGUAUGGAAAAGUACUGAUUGCGACAGGAGCUCGUCCUCGUAACUUGGAAGUUUUCGAAAAAGCAUCACCGGCGGUCAAACAAAAGCUCAGUUAUUACAAAAGUGUCUCGGAUUUCAAGAAUUUGCAGAAAAUUGUCGACAAAUCGAGCAGUAUUGCCGUUAUUGGAGGCGGAUUUCUCGGAAGCGAAUUGUCUGUUGCGCUCUCUCAUUACGGAAAAAGCAAAAAAUUGAAUGUGCAUCAAGUUUUUACGGAAAAAGGAAAUAUGGGAAAAGUCCUGCCCGAAUAUCUAAGUCAAUGGACAACGGAACGCGUGAAAGAAGAAGGAGUUGAUGUACUUGCGAGCACGGAGAUCAAGUCAGUUGAGGUUCAGGACAAGAAAUUAAAAAUUGAAUUGAAUAAUGGACGAACGCUAAUCGUGGAUCAUGCAAUUGUUGCUGUCGGUUCGGAGCCUAAUACAGACUUGGCAAAGUCCUCAGGACUCGAAGUCGAUAAAACUCAAGGCGGAUUCGUGGUAAAUGCUGAAUUGGAAGCCCGUCAUGACGUUUUUGUCGCGGGAGACGCUUCAUGCUUCUACGAUAUGAAGUUGGGACGACGAAGGGUUGAACAUCACGAUCAUGCCGUUGUAUCGGGAAGACUUGCGGGAGAGAAUAUGGUUGGAUUGCACAAACCAUUCACGCACCAAAGCAUGUUCUGGUCAGAUUUGGGACCAAAAGUCGGCUACGAAGCAAUUGGCAUUUGCGACGCUUCGUUACCAACGACAGGCGUUUUUGCCAGAGAAAGCCCUUCUGAUACUCCAGCAGCUGCAAAUAUGGAAGAUAAAUUACAAGCAACGACGGAACAAUCGGAUAAACCAACAACGGACAAAAAACCUGAAGCAACUCCCGCUAAAUCAACGACGCAAGAAAAACCCGCGGAAAAAGACGAUUUCGGUAAAGGAGUAAUUUUCUACUUGAAUGAAAAUGAUCGUGUCGUUGGUAUUUUACUGUGGAACGUAUUUAAUCGCAUCAGCAUCGCACGAAAAAUUCUCGCACAAGACACGAAAUACGACGACUUGAACGAAGUGGCAAAACUCUUCGAUUUGUAUGAUAUUCAGGAUCAAGGAACGCAAUAAAUUUAGCAUUUAUUUCAUGGAAACCCAUUUUUUAUGUUUAUAUUUACCCCAAAAUUAACAUGCGCUUAUGUAAUAAUUCGAGAUUUUUUUAUUUGUUGAAGCAGCUUGAGAAAAAAAAAAUUAUUUGCAGACGAUGUACUCUAAUAAAAUGAAUAAAAUUAAUAAUUU